AUGGUUGUUGGUACGUACUUGUUCCCCGUCGCAGUGUACCCGGUCCCCGUCACAGUCUUCCUGGUGGUCGCCUACUCCGCUGUGUUCGUUGUUGGAGUCACUGGCAACUGUCUAGUAGUUACAGUAGUGUAUCGUUCACCUCGGAUGCGUUCUCCUACAAACCUCUUCAUCGCCAACCUCGCCUGUGCAGACUUGUUGGUCAACGUAAUCUGUCUUCCGUUCACCCUCAUUAGUAACAUCAUGGCAGCCUGGACCAUGGGUUGGCUUCUCUGCAAGACCAUCCCUUAUCUACAAGGUGUGUCUGUGAACGCUUCCAUCAACACAUUGGUUGCCAUCUCUGUAGAACGAUGUCUCGCCAUUUGCUACCCUUUGCGAUGGCAAAUGACUCUCCAGGCUUGUAGAUCAGCUGUAAUCUUCAUCUGGGUCUUCUCUCUCACCAUCACACUUCCCUGGGCCGUCUUCUUCAAGCUGCAGACCCCUUAUGAGGGCAGUGACUUUGAGACGUGCCGAGAGUCUUGGCCUACGCCUUACAGUGAGAACGUGUACUUCGUUGUGGCAAACCUAGUGAUGUGUUAUCUUCUACCACUUUGUCUCAUCAGUGUGUGUUACUUCCUCAUCUGGAGAAGAGUUUGCUGCAGAACUUUGCCGGGAGAACAACAUGGCAACGGCAACCAUCUCAUACACAGGUCAAAGGUGAAGGUGAUCAAGAUGCUGCUGGUAGUGAUAAUUCUCUUCGCCUGUUCCUGGCUUCCUCUCUACGUCAUCUUCACCAGGAUCAAGCUAGGAGGAGACGUCAGUCCCGGUGGUGUAGAAGAGGUCCUCAUAGACAACCUGCUUCCCUUCGCCCAGUGGCUGGGAGCCUCCAACUCCUGCAUCAACCCCAUCCUCUACGCCUUCUUCAACCGCAAGUUCCGAGCAGGGUUCCGCGCCAUCCUCCACUCUGGUUCCUGCUGUACACCUUUAUACUACGACCCGUGCAGCGACAUCAGAACACUCAGUGGGAAAGACUCUGUCAUGAUCAGGAGCACGAUCAGAAAACCACUGAGAGGGAGUAAAAACCGGAUGACUAUUUCCUCUGGAACUUCCCUCAUGACCAAACCGUUGUGUAAAGACAUAAAUAUUAGAACAAUGUCUUUGCGAACACCUGUUAGUAAUGUGAGGAGAAUGAGUGUCAGCGCGGAUAAUACAAACAACGAAGACGUGAAAAACAGACACGGGACAUUCGUCUGAAGACAAAACGUUGGCUUGUGAAGGUUAUUUGGAGCCUCGAGCGAAGGCCUGGCGGCAAUUUGUGCUCGGGAAGUUUGUAAAUAGCUAAAUAUUGUUAACGAGAUAUGUGUCUACAGUAUUACAAUUGUUCAUGUUCAAGCUAAACGAAGCCUUUUGGAGAGGUUUACGAAGGGGAUUUGGUGCUACUAUUGUUAGUCCUUUUCAAGGAUUACGCCCUUGAUAUGGUUGACCUGUGCCCAAGAACGAGCGAUAGGCUGUCAACAAUAAUUUUUUUGGCGUAGAAACGAGACAUCCUCAGCCAGUAGACAUCUUUACGUCCAGUAGCGAUAAAGGAUGUACAAUAUUUUAUAUGAAUGUUUUAUACAAUGCAGCCCUAAAGAUGAAUCAUCAGCUUUAUACGUAACAUACAGCUAUAUAUUUGUAAAUGGAAAACAAUAAACUGUUAAUGUGGUUGUUGGAAAUGACUU